AGAGUCUCUCGCAAGCAGUUGGACUGAAGACACCGCGGCAGUGAAGGUUUCAUCUGGUCUGGGAACCAAGUGUCGUCGCCUCCAGCAGGACUGAGCUGCUGAAACACGGACACGGGAUCAGCUCACCUACAGUGCCUGCAGCUGAAAACCAGCCACCAUGACGGACGCAGACAAGUUCCUGUAUGGGGACCGCAGCACGGUGAUGGACCCUCUGGCUCAGGCUGACUGGGCCUCCAAGAAGCUGGUGUGGGUCCCCAGCGAGAAGUUGGGCUUCGAGGCCGGUUCGGUCAAAGAGGAGAAGGGAGACGAGUGUGUGGUGGAGUUGGCCGACUCUGGCAAGAAGGUGAAAGUCAACAAGGAUGACAUUCAGAAAAUGAACCCGCCCAAGUUCAACAAGGUGGAGGACAUGGCGGAGCUCACCUGCCUGAACGAGGCCUCUGUGCUGCACAACCUGAAGGAGAGAUACUACUCCGGACUCAUCUAUACGUACUCGGGUCUUUUCUGUGUGGUGAUCAACCCGUACAAGCACCUGCCCAUCUACGGCGAGGACAUCGUGAACAUGUACAAGGGCAAAAAACGGCACGAGAUGCCCCCCCACAUCUACGCCAUCACAGACACGGCCUACAGGAGCAUGAUGCAGGAUCGAGAGGAUCAGUCCAUCCUUUGCACUGGGGAGUCGGGAGCAGGAAAAACAGAAAAUACAAAGAAAGUCAUUCAGUAUUUGGCACAUGUUGCUUCAUCCUUCAAGUCCAAGAAAGACCAGGGCAGUGCUGUAUUUUCACAUGGGGAACUUGAGAAGCAGCUUCUGCAAGCAAACCCCAUCCUGGAAGCCUUUGGAAAUGCAAAGACUGUCAAGAACGACAACUCCUCAAGAUUUGGGAAAUUUAUCCGGAUCAACUUCGAUGUGAACGGAUACAUCGUCGGAGCCAACAUUGAAACUUAUCUUCUGGAGAAGUCUCGAGCCAUCAGACAAGCUAAAGAGGAGAGGGGCUUCCACAUCUUCUACUACAUGCUGUCAGGAGCUGGAGACAAGCUGCGCUCUGAUUUGUGUUUGGAGGAUUACAAAAAGUACCGUUUCCUGUCCAACGGAAAUGUGACCAUUCCUGGGCAGCAGGACAAAGACAUGUUCGCAGAAACCAUGGACGCCUUUCAGAUCAUGAGCAUCCCAGAGGAGGAGAGAAUCGGUCUGUUGAAGGUGGUCUCUGCCGUGCUGCAGUUGGGGAACAUGACUUUCAAGAAGGAGCGUAACUCUGACCAGGCAUCCAUGCCUGAUGAUACAGCUGCCCAGAAAGUGUGUCACCUGCUGGGCAUCAAUGUGACAGACUUCACACGAGCCAUCCUGUCUCCCAGAAUCAAGGUUGGCAGGGACUACGUCCAGAAAGCUCAGACCCAGGAGCAGGCAGAAUUUGCUGUGGAGGCUCUUGCCAAAGCUUCUUAUGAGAGGAUGUUCCGCUGGCUUGUUGUGAGAAUCAAUAAAGCUCUGGACAAAACCAUGAGACAGGGAGCCUCCUUCAUUGGGAUCCUAGACAUCGCUGGAUUUGAGAUCUUUGAAUUGAACUCAUUUGAGCAGCUGUGCAUCAACUACACCAAUGAGAAGCUUCAGCAGCUCUUCAACCACACCAUGUUCAUCCUGGAGCAGGAGGAGUACCAGAGGGAGGGCAUCGAGUGGAGCUUCAUCGACUUCGGCCUGGAUCUGCAGCCCUGCAUCGACCUCAUUGAAAAACCUGCUGGUCCUCCAGGUAUUCUGGCUCUGCUUGAUGAAGAGUGCUGGUUCCCCAAAGCCACAGACAAGUCUUUUGUGGAGAAAGUAGCUCAGGAGCAGGGAAAUCACCCCAAGUUCCAGAAACCCAAGAAACUCAAGGAUGAUUCAGAUUUCUGCAUUAUGCACUAUGCUGGAAAGGUGGACUACAAGGCAGAUGAAUGGUUGAUGAAAAACAUGGAUCCCCUGAAUGAGUGCGUGGCCACUUUGCUUAACCAGUCAACAGACAAGUUUACUUCUGAACUGUGGAGAGAUGUGGACCGAAUUGUUGGCCUGGAUAAGGUGGCAGGAAUGUCUGACUCAGCGCACGGAGCUUUCAAAACCCGAAAAGGCAUGUUUCGUACUGUAGGCCAGCUGUACAAGGAGCAGCUGGGGAACCUCAUGGCCACGCUCAGGAACACCAACCCUAACUUUGUCCGCUGCAUCAUUCCCAACCAUGAGAAGAAGGCUGGGAAACUGGAGCCUCACCUGGUUCUGGAUCAGCUGAGGUGUAAUGGAGUCUUAGAGGGAAUUCGCAUCUGCAGACAGGGCUUCCCCAACCGCAUCGUCUUCCAGGAGUUCAGACAGAGGUAUGAAAUCCUCACUCCGAAUGCCAUCCCUAAAGGCUUCAUGGACGGCAAGCAGGCCUGUGUGCUCAUGAUCAAAGCGCUGGAGUUGGACUCAAAUCUGUACCGCAUCGGUCAAAGUAAAGUGUUCUUCAGGGCUGGAGUCCUGGCCCACCUGGAGGAGGAGAGGGACAUGAAGAUCACUGAUGUGAUCAUCAACUUCCAGGCCUUGUGCAGAGGACACGUGGCUCGCAAAGCCUUUGCCAAGAGACAGCAGCAGCUGACAGCCAUGAAAGUCAUCCAGCGAAAUUGUGCAGCAUACCUCAAACUCAGGAACUGGCAGUGGUGGAGGCUUUUCACUAAGGUGAAGCCUCUGCUGCAAGUGACUCGGCAGGAGGAGGAAAUGCUGGCUAAGGAAGAGGAGCUGGUCAAUGUGAAGGAGAAACAACUGCAGGCUGAGGAGCAGCUUAAGGAAUAUGAGACCAAGCAGCAACAGCUGACUGCAGAGAAGCUGGCUCUUCAGGAGCAGCUUCAAGCCGAGACGGAGCUGUGUGCUGAGGCUGAGGAGAUGAGAGCCCGUCUGGCCCUCAGGAAGCAGGAGCUGGAGGACAUACUGCACGACCUGGAGUCUCGCCUGGAAGAAGAGGAGGACAGGGUCUCCCAGAUGCAAAAUGAGAGGAAAACGAUGCAGCAGAACAUCAAAGAUCUGGAGCAGCUGCUGGAGGAGGAGGAAGAAACCAGACAAAAGCUGCAGAUGGAGAAGGUCACCACAGAUUCCAAGCUAAAGAAACUGGAGGAGGACGUCAUGGUGCUGGACGACCAGAACAGCAAACUUAACAAGGAAAAGAAACUGCUGGAGGAGAGGAUCGCUGAGUUCACCACUAACAUGGCCGAAGAGGAAGAGAAGUCCAAAAGCUUGCAGAAGCUCAAGAAUAAACACGAAGCCAUGAUCACAGACUUGGAGGAUCGUCUGAGAAAAGAGGAGAAGAUGCGCCAAGAGCUGGAGAAGAACCGGCGUAAACUUGAGGGCGACUCUACUGAGCUGCAUGACCAGAUUGCAGACCUGCAGGCUCAGAUCGCUGAGCUACGAGCUCAGCUGGCCAAGAAGGAGGAGGAACUCCUCGCUGCACUGGCCAGGAUUGAGGAGGAAGCUGCCGCAAAGAACACAGCCCAGAAGAAGAUCAGAGAGCUGGAAGCCCAGAUCUCUGAGCUCCAGGAAGACCUGGAGCUGGAGAGGCAGGCACGCUCCAAGGCUGAGAAACAGCGCAGGGACCUGGGAGAGGAGCUGGAGGCCCUCAAGACUGAGCUGGAAGACACUUUGGAUACCACUGCAGCUCAGCAAGAGCUGAGGUCCAAACGUGAGACGGAAGUUGCUCAGCUGAAGAAGACUCUGGAGGAAGAGGCCACGGUUCACGAGCAGCAGAUGGCCGACAUGAGACAAAAACACAAUCAAGCGUUUGAGGAGCUCAACGAACAGCUGGAGCAGGCCAAAAGAAACAAGGCGUCAAUGGAGAAAGCCAAGCAAGCCCUAGAGAGCGAGUGGAAUGAGAUAAAGAUCGAGCUGAAGACGCUGACACAAAGCAAAGGAGACUCUGAGCACCGCCGCAAGAAGGCCGAAUCCCAACUUCAAGAACUGCAGGUCAAACAUGGAGAAAGCGAGCGACAGAAACAUGAGCUCGCUGAAAAGAUGACCAAGAUGCAGGCAGAGCUAGACAACGCUAACAGCCUCCUGAGUAAAGCGGACAGCAAAAACAUCAAAUCAAGCAAGGACCUUUCUUCAAUGGAGUCUCAGCUGCAGGACACACAGGGGCUGCUCCAAGAGGAAACUCGUCAGAAGCUUGCCCUUUCCACCCGCCUGAGGCAGCUGGAAGAGGAGCAGAACAACCUGCGGGAGAUGCUGGAGGAGGAAGAGGAGAGCAAGAAGAAUGCCGACAAGCAGGUUUUAACUCUGCAGGCCCAGCUGGCAGAGAUGAAGAAGAAAGUGGAACAGGAGGCCUGUUUGCUGGAGGGGACAGAAGAAGGCCGCAAAAAGGUGCAGCGGGAGCUCGACAGCACAACGCAGCAGCUGGAGGAGAAGACGGCAGCAUACGACAAACUGGACAAGACAAAGACCCGUCUGCAGCAGGAGCUGGACGACCUCCUGGUGGACCAGGACAACCUGAGGCAGAUUGUGUCCAACCUGGAGAAGAAGCAGAAGAAGUUUGAUCAGAUGUUGGCAGAGGAAAAAACUAUUUCUACUCGGUAUGCUGAGGAGCGUGACAAGGCCGAGGCUGAAGCCAGGGAGAAGGAAACGCGAGCGCUUAACUUGGCCCGUGAGCUGGAGACCAUGACGGACCUAAAGAAUGAGCUGGACCGAGCCAGUAAACUGCUCAAAGCUGAGAUGGAAGACCUGGUCUCCUCCAAGGAUGAUGUCGGCAAGAGUGUUCAUGAACUGGAGAGGUCAAAGCAUGCCAUGGAGCAGCAGCUGGAGGAGAUGAGAACUCAGCUGGAGGAGCUGGAGGAUGAACUGCAGGCUACAGAGGAUGCCAAGUUGCGCCUGGAGGUCAACAUGCAAGCAAUGAAGGCUCAGUUUGACCGAGACCUGCAAGCCAGAGAUGAACAGGGAGAGGACAGGAGGAAGCAGCUUGUUAAGCAGGUGCGUGAGAUGGAGGUUGAGCUGGAGGAGGAGCGCAGACAACGUGCUAAUGCCCUCUCCUUCAAGAAGAAGAUGGAGAUGGACCUGGCGGAGCUCGAAGUCCAGAUUGAUCUGGCUAACAAAGGACGUGAUGAUGCUCUGAAGCAGCUGAAAAAACUCCAGGCUCAAAUGAAAGAUCAAAUGAGGGAGCUGGAAGAGCUCCGUAUGUCCAGAGAUGAAGCAGUCAACGGGGCCAAGGAGACCGAGAAGAAGCUCAAGGCCAUGGAAGCAGAAAACCUGCACAUCCAGGAGGAUCUGGCCACUGCAGACAAGCUGAAGAGGCAAGCUCAGACCGAGAGGGAUGAGUUCCAGGAUGAGAUGAACAGCAGCAACAGCAAGAAUUCGCUGCUGCUAGAUGAGAAGAGGAGGCUGGAGGCUCGGAUCGCUCAGCUAGAGGAGGAGUUGCAUGAAGAACAGCUCAACACCGAGAUGGUCAACGAUCGUCUGAGGAGAACGACACUGCAGUCUGAGCAGCUGACCACAGAACUUGGUGCCGAGCGCAGCAACUCCCAGCAGCUGGAGGGCGCUCGUUCUCAGCUGGAUCGCCAGAACAAGGAGCUGAAACUGAAGCUGCAGGAUCUCGAGGGAUCCAUCAAGUCCAAGUACAAGUCCACCAUCACCACCUUGGAGGCCAAGAUUGCUCAGCUGGAAGAACAGCUGGACAUCGAGUCAAAGGAGCGCCUGCAGGCUUCCAGACUCACCAGGCGCACAGAGAAGAAGCUCAAGGAGUCGUUGGUACAGAUUGAGGAUGAGAGGCGCACCACAGAGCAAUUCAAAGAUCAGGCGGAAAAAACAAACGUCCGGAUGCGCCAGCUGAAGCGUCAGCUGGAGGAGACGGAGGAGGAGCUGACCAGGGCCAACGUGUACCGCAGGAAGCUGCAGAGAGAGCUGGAGGAUGCCACUGAGUCAGCAGACUCUAUGAACCGUGAAGUCAGCACUCUGAAGAGCAAGCUCAGGCGUGGGGAUUUGCCUUUCAAUAUGCGGCGUGUAGUGAAUCGCAGCGGCCUGGACAGUGACGAGGAUGCAGACCUGGCAGCUGAUGCAUCUGAGCCUGCAGCUGAGUGAACAGAGAAGAUGGAGAAAAUACACGGAAACAUUUAAUGAUCGCAUUUGAUAUGCAAAUAUCUUAGAAGACUGUCCAUGCACACAAGAAAGAGUUUAGCCUUAUAACCCCCCUUUCCAUUUAAUUCAAUUACAUUUGGCCAAAUUCUGGAUUAUCUCAUUGAAUGUAAACGUUAUUUUUUCACUAAGCUUUUGCAAAUACUUUGUCUUGUCUUUUUCUACUGAAUAGGUAUAUUAUUAUUAAAAUAUUGUACUUGCAACGACCCAUUGCUGUUUUCUCUAGGCUUAUGUGCUGAUACUUUUGGGCAGGAAAAAAAAAUACUGGUUAUUUUUGCUUGUUUUGCACACAGCAAGUUUUUCAGGGAGUUUUGAUGCGGUUACAAACUGUAGUUUGAGUUUGCUGGAGUUGGUAUACAUGUUUGUAUCUGUACUGUUUGCUUCUCCCCUCACUGUGUUUUUUUUUUUUGUUUGUUUUGCUUCAACCAAAAUUACACAAUCACCAAGAGCACACCAUUUGAAAAUAUUCACCUUCUGGGUGUAAAUGAAAUUUGGCAAUAGUGUUUAAAAUGUUGGUACAAAUGAUGUACUGUCAUCUGUGACUCUUUUUGUUGCCAUAUUCUGUUACUGGUUUUACAUUUUAUUAGUUAAUGGUGGUGGGUCGUCAUAUAGUAACUCACUAUGUUUAAUUUUAUACUUUCUACAUCAGAGGAGGUUUCUAUCCGUGUAUUAGUCUCUGAAUGCAACAUGUUUUAGUAUUAUAUGCUACCAAUGUAUUGUUAUACAAAUGACCUGUAAAGGAUGCUAUAGUUGUAAGGCUGCAUUUUUUAAAUGCCUUAAUGCAAUAAAGUGACAAAGUAUUAAGUGUUGCA